CUGUACAGGGAGGGUUUCAGAAGGGAAGUAAAGGAUGGCCUGAAUACUAAAAUCCUGUCUUAUCCUUGGGUGAAGGGUUUAAAUGCAGGGAAACCGGUUCUGAAAACAGAGGUGAAUUCAUUGCCUUGUGUUUGGGUGAAUGAGCUGAUGACAGGUGAUGGCAGAGCUUGGAAUAGAGAAUUGAUUCAAAAUCUAUUUACUGAAGCAUCAUGUAAAGCCAUCCUUGAAAUUAAAGGUUUGGAUCCUGCUGCAAGAGACAAAUGGGUGUGGACAUCUGAUGUUAAAGGUAUGUUUUCUGUUUCUUCAGCUUAUGCAGUAGCAGUGAAGAAGAAGAUCUUGAGUCUUGAUAUGCCAGGGUGUAGUUCUAAUAUUAAUGCUGAUAAGAAGGCUAGAAUGAGGUGUUGGAAUCUGAGGGUGAAAGGUAAGAUAAAGCACUUUAUUUGGAGAUGUUUUACUGAUUGUUUACCUGUUAGUGCUAAUCUGAGAAUUAGAGGGAUGCAACUGGAUAAUGUCUGCCAGUGUUGUGGUGAAAGUGUGGAAACUGUAGGGCAUGUGAUGUUUACUUGUUCUAGAGCAGCUAUGGUGUGGAGUUUAGUGCCUGGUCCAAAUCUGUGA